CGAGGGGGCGGGCCGAGGGGGCGCCUCGCUUUCCCGUCGUCCGGCGCGGCGGCGGGCCGCGUUCCCUAGUGACGAGGCGGCGCCAUGCGCGGGGCCUGCGGGGCGCUGCCGGUCCUGUUGUUGGCGUGGCUGGCCGCCUGCAGCCCCCGCGCCCCGCACACAACCGUCGCCGCAGAGCUCGUCGCAGGGGCCGCUCCUCGGAGCGAGGGAGCGGCCUGGCCUCCUCCCCUCCGCCGCCGUGCCCCGCGGGCAGCCCGCGCCGUGAGCCACCGCCCCGCCGCCGGCCGCUCCCCCGCCCGCCUCUGGCCGCCCGGCGCCCGCGGCCUGCGCCAUCCCGGGGCCGUCGGCUCGUCCCGCCGCUCCGGCGGCAGCAGGUCUGUGAGGCAAGUGUGUGUGGAAAACUCACUUGUGUUCAGAAGUAACACUCCUUAUCCUACUGACACUGUUGCUGUCCCUGGUGGAUACGAUCUGCUGUUCUGUGUGCAGCUGAAUGAUUCAAAGCUGAACUAUUUCCAACAGCCACAGGAUAUCAAAGGGUCUGAUUUUUUGAAGUUCUUAGAGAAGUAUGGCAGACACUCUUUCUUAGCACCAUCAGAAGUCCAGUCAUCAUUCUCUGCCUUUUACCGGGCUGGAGAUCCAAUCCUAAUCUACUUUGAUUCAACAUCUGUACUGAGCACGCUUAGACAGCCAGUAAAAAUGGGAACCAGUGGACUUUGUGUUGACGGAAAUCCUGCUGGCUUCCUGGACAGUAAAAGCACAAGCUGUACUCGGAUUUUUGCCAACUUGAGCAAGAGCUGCAUUACUGACCCUGCCCUAGAUGCUGCCUCCUACUACCGUGACUUCACUGUGCUAAAGGUCCCAAUUAAUGACACCAUUGUGCAGUCCAUGAAGGUAAAGGUCACUGCAGUUGCACCGCCUGGGGCUCCCCACAUGAAAGACAACACAUGUAACAACGUUGUUUCUGAGGUGAUCUAUGAGAUAGAAUUCAGUGGCACACAUGGGAUUCAGAGUGUUUCUGUCCGAUUCAAAGUGAACAACAUCUCUGGGAAUUCAGGAUCGUCUCUGCAACAGCACUUUACUUUGCGCUUCUGGACCAGGACUCUUUCUCAUAUGUUGCCCAGAAGUGGAAACCCUGGCUAUAUUACUGGAGCACCAUUGUUGAUUGCAAACAGUGGUGCCAUGCAGCAUAUGAGUAUUUUAUGGAGUGAAGGUGAUGGAACUUGUUCACAGUUCCUCAGACACACAGUACAAUUUGGAAGAAAUAUGAGGACAGGCUGCAAGCUCAGCCUAUCCCCAAUACAGGAAGAAAGUAACUGUAGUUACAUCCAGCAGAAGUUAUACAAGGCUCUUCAGGGGAUGAACAGAGCAGAGGACCUUGCUAUAACUGGCAGUGCUCACUCAAUCCAGGCGGAAGAGUGGACAACCAUUCUGAUUCGGAACUGCAGUGUGCAGGCUGUGAAUUGCACUUCCUGUUGCAUGGUUCCUGUGACCCUGGAGAUACAGAUAUUGUGGACUAAUGUGGGCCUCCUGUCUAACCCACAAGCUCAAAUACUGGGUGCACGGUACUUUUAUCAGUGUCACCCCCUGAAGUUCCUAAGCACAAGCAUGGUACCUUUGACAACUGUCGUUACCUUCACUGACAUGACGGAAUGGCCAGAACCCCCACGAGGCCAGCCCCAAGUACACUGGAAACUCCCGUAUGACUUCUUUUUCCCAUUCAAGGCGGCACUGAAUUUGGAAAGAAGUUACAGAAGUGAUCUGGCUGGCUAUUUUUUGUUGAUUCUAAUAAUAUCUAGUAUUCUCUGCUUUUGAAAAGUCAAAUAGACAGAGCCUGAACUUAAAGUUCAGUAAGUAAAUUGAUAUAUUCAGAAUAUGAUCCAGAUCAUAGACUUUUCUCCUCAGGUUUUUAUACUGUGCCUAUGAUAUCUAUGUGCCUUCUAUUCUUGUAUUAAGCCACAUGACUAGCUUCUGUCCUGUUUCCUCUCAUGCCUCUAUUCUCCAUAUGCACCAUCUGCAAACCUCACUGCAGUGAAACGCUUGAGAGAUGAAAGGAUCGAGAGAUGGUCCGUUAAUAAGGAACAAGGAGAAGGAUGUGAAAAUGAAUAUUCCAUGUUCCCAGAAAACAAGUGUGCUUUCUAAACCAAGCAGUAUGGAGAGAGAAGCAAAAUUCAAUCCAUUCAGUCAUCUUCCUGUUGGAGAAGCACCUGAUUUUUCUACCUGAAACUAACAUUUAAAAUACUGGAGGCUUCCCAGGUGGCCCAAGUUGUUAUUUUAUGAGUAGAGGUGUCUGCCAAUCACCUUCAACCUGUCCUUGUUAUGACAACCAUGCCUCUGUGACAGUUUGACUCUUAUUUUUCUGUAUCUUUUCAAAUACAGAUAUUAAAUUUAAAUUUUUGUGUUUUAAUCACUGUUUACAUUAGAAAGUGUUACGCAAAGCAAAGUAAUUGUAAAUGUCCCAUCUUCUGAAAUUUAAUUGAAUUUUAGUUAUUUGUCAAGAUAGCUUCGUUCCUGAUUUUUUUUGAAGAAACAGGCCCAAAUAUGGCUUUUCCUAGAUAAGAAACAUUCUCUUGUGGCUCCAGGUAGGAAUUAGACUGAUAAUGAUAGCCAUUGAAAUUCUAGGUGGUACAUCAGAGACGGCUGUGAACAGUCCUAAAGAAAAAAAAACAAUUAUUUUAGGAAGAAUUUGUAGAUGUAUUAUGAGACUGAAGCUUAUUGCAAUACCUUACCUCUGGCUCAGUCUCUGGGACCAGAAUGUAAGUUUAUUGUUUUUGAAGUUGAAGGUGAUCUUUGGAUUAACUAGUCUGCCCCACUGCAUCACACAGGAUAAAGAAAUCUGCUUGAUCAUUCCUUGAAGUUGGUGGACAACAGUAUAUUUUUUUAGCAAAGGAUUUUUUAUUCAUCUUAAAUUCUUCAGAUGGAAUAAUCUGUGCCAUCUAAUGUCAAGUACUCUGGUAGAAACAAUAAUGGGCAAGAAAAUAAAAAAAAUCUGCCCUAGUUCUAACAAAA